GCGGAGGAAGGGCGGCGACUCCUUACGGACGGUCGGCCGCGCCCCGCCGCGCUCCGUGUGGCGCGGGUCCGGUCUCUCGCCGUCGCGCGCGCCCUUGUGCCCUCCUGGUGCCCUCCAGCGCGCCGGCGGGACCAUGAAGAAGUUCUCUCGGAUGCCCAAGUCGGAGAGCAGCGGCGGAGGGGCGGCGGCUGGCGGGGCCGCGGGAGCCGGGCUCGGCGGCGGCUUCGCAAGCUCGUCCAUGGGGGUCCGGGUGUUCACCGUCGGCCGCUAUCAGGUCACCCUGGAGGAGACGCUGGCCGAAGGUGGAUUCUCAACUGUUUUCCUGGUGCGGACUCACGGUGGAAUCCGAUGUGCACUGAAGCGAAUGUAUGUCAAUAACACACCUGACCUCAACAUUUGUAAAAGGGAAAUCACAAUUAUGAAGGAACUAUCUGGCCACAAGAAUAUUGUUGGUUAUCUGGACUGUGCUGUCAAUUCCAUUAGUGACAAUGUGUGGGAGGUGCUUAUUCUAAUGGAGUAUUGCCGAGCUGGGCAGGUAGUGAAUCAGAUGAACAAGAAGCUGCAGACGGGCUUCACUGAAUCAGAAGUCUUACAGAUCUUCUGCAACACCUGUGAAGCUGUUGCGAGGUUGCAUCAGUGUAAGACUCCCAUAAUUCACCGGGAUCUGAAGGUAGAAAAUAUUUUGCUAAAUGAUGCCGGAAAUUAUGUUCUUUGUGACUUUGGCAGUGCCACUAAUAAGUUUCUCAAUCCUCAAAAAGAUGGAGUUAAUGUAGUAGAAGAAGAAAUUAAAAAGUACACAACUCUGUCAUACAGAGCCCCGGAAAUGAUCAACCUUUAUGGCGGGAAACCCAUCACCACCAAGGCUGAUAUCUGGGCCCUGGGAUGUUUCUUAUACAAACUUUGCUUCUUCACUCUUCCGUUUGGUGAGAGCCAGGUUGCUAUCUGUGAUGGCAGCUUCACCAUCCCAGACAAUUCUCGCUACUCCCAUAACAUACAUUGUUUGAUAAGGUUCAUGCUUGAACCAGAUCCGGAUAACAGACCUGACAUAUUUCAAGUGUCCCACUUCGCAUUUAAAUUCGCCAAAAAGGAUUGUCCAGUGUCCAACAUCAACAAUUCUUCUCUUCCCUCAGCUCUUCCUGAGCCAAUGACUGCGAGUGAAGCUGCUGCUAAGAAAAGCCAAAUGAAAGCCAGAAUAACAGAUACCAUUGGACCAACAGAAACCUCAAUUGCACCAAGACAAAGACCAAAGGCCAAUUCCACUACUGCCACUUCCAGUGUGCUGGCCAUUCAGAGUUCAGCUACGCCUGUUAAAGUUCCUGCUCCUGGUGAAUUCAGUAACCACAAGCCUAAAGGAGCGCAGAGACCUGGAAAUGGGUCUGAAGUCUUAAUGAGUCAGGGUCCCCCUCAGCAGCCACCACAACAACAUAGAGUCCUCCAGCAACUGCAGCAGGGAGACUGGAGAUUACAGCAACUUCAUUUGCAUCGCGUUCCUCACCAGCAGCAACAGCAGCAGCAGCAGCAACAGCAGCAGCAACAGCUACUUCAAAAUGCUUAUUUGCAGCAGUAUCAGCAUGCAAUGCAGCAGCAACAGAUACUUCAGCAACAGUUUUUAAUGCAUUCAGUCUAUCAGCCUCAACCCCCUGGAUCACAAUAUCCUACAAUGAUGCAGCAGUAUCACCAGGCUUUCUUGCAGCAACAGAUGCUAGCUCACCAUCAGCAGCCUCAGCACCAUCAGCAGCCUCAGCACCUGGCAUCACCCGAGUAUCUUACCUCCCCUCAAGAGUUCUCACCAGCCUUAAUUUCCUACGCUUCAUCACUUCCAGCCCAGCUUGGAACCAUAGCGGAUUCCUCUUUCGGUGCCAGUAGGUCAGUUGCUGAGAAGGAGGCAGGCCCACGCUUUACAGAUGAGAAGGCUGUCAGUCACCCGCCUGAUAUGUCGGGCUGGAAUCCUUUCGGAGAAGACAACUUCUCCAAGUUAACCGAAGAGGAGCUGCUGGACCGAGAGUUCGACCUUCUCAGAUCAAACAGGCUCGAGGAGAGCGCACCCUCAGAUAAGAAUCUAGACCCACCCUCUGCUCCACAUAGCCAUCCUCCGGAAGACCCUUUUGGUUCUGUCCCUUUCAUUUCUCACUCAGGUUCUCCUGAAAAGAAAACUGAACAUUCUCCAAAUCAAAAAAAUACCACUGCAAACCCUACCAAAAAUGGAUGCGCAAGUCCAGUAUGUAAAGAUGAGCGAGCUGUAAAGAAGACUUCAGAGAAUACAGCAGUUCGGGGGCCAGAGCAGAAGGGCCAUGACGAGUCCGAAAGCGAUUUUGAAUCAGACCCCCCUUCCCCGAAGAGCAGUGAAGAAGAACAAGAGGAUGAGGACGCUCAGGGAGAACACGGGGACUUUAAUGAUGACGACACGGAGCCAGAGAACCUGGGUCACAGGCCUCUGCUCAUGGACUCCGAAGAUGAGGAAGAGGAGGACAGGCACAGCUCUGACUCGGAGUAUGAACAGGCCAAGGCCAAGUGCAGAGGCCAACCUGGUGGUGGGCGGAGCCCAGCCCCUAACCCUUCGCUCCUCUCCCCUGCCCAUUCACCCGCUGAUGCGCUGACUUCCGGCCAGGAGUUUGAUGUGUUCGGCGCCGUGCCCUUUGCAGUGCGCGCUCCACAGCCACAGCACAGAGGGGAUGCGCAGAACCUCCCCCGGCAGACAUUUCCGGAGCAGGAGGACUUUGACGUGUUCACAAAGGCCCCCUUCAACAAGAAGGUGAACAUACAGGAUUGGCCUGCAGUGGGGGCCGACACGCAGCCUGUGCCUGCACGGCCCAGAAGUGUAGAUAUAUUUGGCUCCACUCCCUUUCAGCCAUUUUCCACGUCGGCGAGUAGAAGUGAAAGCAGGGAGGACGUUUUUGGGCUUGUGCCCUUUGAGGAAAUAACUGGGAGUCAGCAGCAGAAAGUCAAGCAGCGCAGCUUGCAGAAACUGUCCUCUCGCCAGAGGCGCACGAAGCAGGACCUGUCCAAAAGCAAUGGGAAGCGUCACCACGGCACACCCACCAGCGCAAAGAAGACGCUGAAGCCCCCUUACCGCACCCCCGAGAGGGUCCGCAGACACAAGAAGGUGGGCCGCAGAGACUCACAAAGCAGCAGUGAGUUUUUAACCAUUUCCGACUCCAAGGAGAACAUCAGCGUUGCAUUGACUGACGGCAAGGACAGGAGCAGCGCCCUGCAAACCGAGGAGAGUCUGCUGGACCCCUUUGGUGCCAAGCCUUUCCAUCCUCCAGAGUUGUUGUGGCACCAGCCCCAUCAGGGCCUAAGCGACAUCUGUGUUGAUCAUAAUACCAUCUUGCCUGGGAGGCCAAGACAGAAUUCAGUACACGGGUCAUUCCAUAGUGUAGACGCGUUGAGAAUGGAUGACUUCGGUGCCGUGCCCUUUACAGAACUCGUGGUGCAAAGCAUCGCGCCACGUGAGUCCCAACAGCCCCAGGCAGUCGAAUUAGACCCAUUCGGCGCUGCUCCGUUUCCUUCCAAACAGUAG